AGAAGAGAGCAAUGGCGGGCCGGCUGCACGACGGGCUGCUUCAAGUGCGGCCGGCCAGGGCACUGGUCACGUGACUGCCCAUCGGCCCCUUCCUCUGCCCUCCCAAACUCCGCAAACCCUAACCCUAACCCUAACCCUAGAUCCAAUUUCUCCUCAUCGUCAUCUUCAUCCAAGUUCUCGAAGGGCCCUCCUUCAGAAAAGCCCGCUGAUCCGGCGGCGGCUCCGAAGAAAGCUCCGAAGACGAGGCCGAAGCUGACGCCUGAGUUGUUGCUCUCUGAUGAUGGCCUUGGUUACAUUCUUCGCCAUUUCCCAAAGGCCUUCAAGUAUCAUGGACGCGGUCAUGAGGUUAGUGAUCUAGGUAAUAUCAUCGGGCUAUACACUCAGUGGCACUCUCAUCUGUUGCCCUACUACUCUUUUGAUCAAUUUGUGCAAAAGGUUGAGCAAGUUGGUGCCACCAGGCGGGUCCGGAGAUGCAUUUCUGAACUGAGAGAAAGAGUUGCAAGAGGCGGAGAUCCCACAAAGUUACAUGAACCACCAGUGGAAGAAGUUGCCCCAGAUUGCGAACAAGGCCUCGACCAAAAUGUCAGUGUACCAGAACCACCACUGGAAAGUCAUGGUGCUGACGAGAAUCAUGAGAUGCAAGAAGAAAUGUUUGAUGAGAUCUACCAAAAGGCUACGGAGGAACAAAAUGAAGUGCAACACACUAAAGCAGCUUCUGAAGCAAAUCCCGUGCAGAAAUCUAAUGGUGAAACACAAAAACAAUCACAAGGUAGUACCUCACAGGGACCUAGCAGAAUUCCGCUCACUGAAGAGCAGAAGGCUCGCAUAGAAGCUAAUCGCCAAAAAGCCCUAGAGAGAGCUGCAGCUCGAGCUCGCUCCUCUCAGACUUCUUGAACUGUCCUAUGUGAAUUGAAGCAUUAUAUUGGUUGGUUGUUUCUGCUAGUUUUUGAUAUAUUUCUUGUACUUGAGGCUUGUGUAUGGGUGAUUAUGCGGAUUAUUUUUGUAAACCUAGCAAAGCUUAUGUUCCUUUUGUAGUUAUGAAUGAAAAUCAUCUAGGCAAAGCUUGUAAAUUUAAUCUAGAAACUUGAGAAUGAUAUAUUUUGCCAAUAAUAGUGCUUUAAUGGUUUAGCUUGAAGCUC